GUACCCGACGUCGUAGUGAACGCUUCUGCAGUUUGUUUCGAUCACUAAAGGAACUACAAUGAUUCGGUCAGAAUUGGAUAUACAUGUGCAAACUGCGGAGAAGUUGGUGGUAGAAAAUUGGAUAUUUAAAAAUUCUGCUCUGCCACUUGCCUUUAUCACAUUCUCAUAUCUCUACUUCGUUUUGAAAUGUGGACCGAAAUACAUGCAAAAUAAACCUGCAUACAAACUCAAAACGUUCAUCAGAUACUUUAACAUUUCACAAAUCGUGGUAAAUGCAUGGAACGUGUAUACUUUAAUAAGAUAUGGAUGGGGAAUAGACAAUCUCAUAUACACAAGAACUGAAAGAAACCUAGAAUUGAAAGCCCACUUGCCAGAGAUCGCUUAUGUAGCAUGGGCGGGACUCGGCUUGAAAGCUAUCGAUUUGGUCGAGACAGGUAUAUUUAUCCUUAGGAAAAAGCAAAACCAAAUUUCGUUUCUGCAUAUAUACCAUCACAUAACAACGGUUUGGAUAAGUUGGCUGUACGCAAGAUACUUUACGUAUGAACUUGCGUUGACACUGAUAGUACUUAAUUGUGGCGUACAUGUGAUAAUGUACAGUUAUUACUUACUUUCAUCCUUCGGUGAGACGAUGACAAGUGUACUAAGACCGAUUAAGCCUUACAUUACACUCAUACAAAUGGUGCAAUUUGUAAUUAUGAUAGUUUACGUAAUACAAGCAUGCAUCGCUGGUAGUUCUUCAAACAGAAAUCUCGGAUUUGUUACGCUGCUUGAUGUACUAGUCAAUUUCUACUUGUUUUACAACUUCUACAAGGAAACUUAUACAAAAGUAAAGAAAUGAAGAAAGGAAUAUCUAUAUAUGGGAUUAUGUACAUAAACAGCUUCGGAUUAUUCGCUUAAAAAACGAAUUAUACCUUAUAUAACAUUCCACGUAAUCUCGGAAUAGCAUACUGUUUCUUUGAAUUAUUAACACAUUAUAUUCAGAUCCUUCAGUUUCAUCGAAUGUACGAUAAUUAACACAUACGAAAUUAAUUAGCCUAGGAACCUUUCAAAUUAAAACAAUAAAAUAGCACAGCCUGAAAUGAGAUUGUAGAAAAUAACGUGGAUGGUUCCGAUGGUUGGAUAAGUUCCAAACUUAAACUCAAAUGAACAUAAUGUAAUACAUUUCUUAACAGUAUGUAAACAAAUUUCGUUUUUUUUAUUUCUUAUAAAAGAAUUCGUAAUCGGUCAUUUGACUGAUGCAUGAUAGGUUUACAAUUAGUGACACGAUUGUACGAAAUAAAUAACGUAAUUUAUACAAAUGUAA